AUGGUCAAUUUCACCAACAGAAAACACGGCAGCCGAGAGGGGGACCGUCAUGAUAGAGAAGACGGGGAACAGCAUCGGCCUCCCGAUGAGAGGACUCGGCUCCUGCCACGCGAGCGCGAGCCUUAUCUGAGUCCCGAUGAUCCUGCUGUCUCUCCCUACAAUCUCUGGAGCGUCCGGGCUCUCAGAGGUCUUUCCAUCGCAUUCCUAGCCAUCAGCUUCAUCUGGUGGACAUUCCUGCUCGUCUCCCUAUUUGUCAGUGCACCAGCCGUACACACGCGCGGUUCCGGUUUCUUCGCAUUUGCCUACACCACGUUAACCGUUGGAUACCUCCUGUUCGGGCUCAUCUUCUUCUCCGUCCCUUCGAAGCCGAUGACGAUAUGGGGUUUCAUACUUGCACUGUUCUUAUUCACCGACAUGUGUAUAACAGUCGCAGUGCCAAAGAUUCGGGUCGAGGAAGGCUGGGUUGGAAUCGCCAGCGUUGUAUGGGCGGUUAUCAUUUCAGUUUGGAAUAUCAUCCAGAACCGCUACGUCGCCUGGGGUAAACGCGAAGAAGAGGAACGCCUCACCGGCCGCGAGGAGACCCGUUGGACUCUGGGAGAAUGGCUGGCGGUUCUUUGUGAGACACUGUUCAGUGCGGUCAUCGCGAUCAUAUCCAUUCUCUUUAUGAUCACCCUAGCCCUCCGCGCCCGGGACGCUACCCUCCACGCCCCAGGCCAGAAAUACUGGGUCAGCGCCAAUAACUACCAAGUCCACCUCAAUUGUGUGGGCAACACGUCCAGUGACAAUUCGACAACCGUCCUCAUCGAAGGCGGAGAAGGCCCCGUUGAGCACACCCUGCAACCGUUCAUUGACGAGCUUUACCAAAGGGGCGCCAUUCCGCGCUACUGCUACUGGGAUAGACCGGGUAUCGCUUGGUCUGACAAUGCUCCCUCUCCAUUCUCCGCGGGUAUGGCUUCCGACGCACUCUCCGAAGCUCUAGCCCUAGCAGACGAAGAGGGUCCCUUCGUCCUGGUAUCCGCAGGCGUCGGAAGCAUAUACAGCCGCAUCUUUGCGAGCCGCCAUCUCCUUGAGACAAGGGGCAUUUUCCUCAUUGAUCCCCUCCACGAAGACUACCUAUCCGACAUUGCAAACCCAGGCCGCGGCUUUGGGCUUUGGGUCCGUGGUAUCUUGUCACCGUUAGGUCUUGACCGAAUAUUAGGCGCUAUUUUUAAGCACAGGACGCGUGAAGAUAGAGUCUUCGGCCGGAGCGCCUAUCAGACGGGGAAGUUUAUUCGCGCGAAGCUGCAGGAGAAUCUCGUUGCAGGGUCUAUGACAUAUUCAGAGAUUCAGGCGGCGAGACAUGUCCAAAUGGCGGAUACGCCGCUAGUCGUUGUGAGCUCUGGGGAUGAAGUUGACAACAACAGGAAGUGGGCGCAAAAGCAGGAGGAUCUGACUGCCAUUACGAAGAAUCUCAAGAACUGGGAUGUUGUUCAAGAUGCGCCGCAUGAGGUGUGGAGGACGACAAAGGGUAGGCAAACGCUCGAGGAAAGGCUGAGAGCGAUGGUAUAG